AUGUCAUGUACUAUGACUGUUAUCUUUAUUGUUGUCAUACAUACCUCCACGUGACAUCUUACGCUGAUCAACACGCGGGAAGCAGCUCGUCUGAUUGAUUGAACUUAUAACCAAAUAUAAAUCCGCGCAUUUUUGUGUAUGUGAAUCUGUGCAUAUCCUUCACUUUUGUACAUUUUUGUCUCAACCGGUUCCUUUGGACGAAGGUGAUGUUCACUUCUAAGCUGCUGACCCUGGUGCUGGUGGUGCAGCCCGGCCGGGUUUUACUGGGCAUGAAGAAAAGAGGGUUUGGAGCGGGCAAAUGGAACGGGUUUGGAGGAAAAGUCCAAACAGGAGAGACAAUAGAGCAAGCUGCAAGAAGGGAACUGCUGGAGGAAAGUGGCCUCACUGUUGACACCCUCCACAAGAUUGGAAAUAUCAAAUUUGAGUUUAUUGGAGAAACAGAACUCAUGGAUGUUCACAUUUUCAGAGCUGACAGCUAUAAAGGAGAGCCAACAGAAUCAGACGAGAUGAGACCUCAGUGGUUCGACAUUGAUAAAAUACCUUUCAGUCAGAUGUGGGCAGAUGACAUCCUGUGGUUUCCGUUAAUGCUUCAGAAACAGAAGUUUUUAGGAUAUUUUAAAUUCCAGGGUCAUGAUGUGAUAGUGGAGCAUAAGCUAGAGGAAGUGGAGAACUUGUGAUUGGAUUUUACUUUGUUAAUGGAUUUUGUCACUGUAUCAGUGGAAAUGAUCCAAUAGUCUGGUUUUACUCUACUGGGCUGAUGCGAUUAAAUAAUAUCAUAUCCAGUGCUGGGUAGGCUACUUUAAAGGUAUACAUAUAGAGCAUGUUGGUAAACUCAUUUUUUUAAAUGUGAGAAUAAUGGUCAUCUGUAUUUCAUUGAUGUUUCAUUCAAAUUUUAGAUUUAAGAAUGAAAUACACACCUGUUAUCUGUAUUCGUACGUUGUGUUAAGUAUUUGAUUUUUCUUGUUUGUUCCUCAUUCCUACAACGGUUUUACCAGCAGUUUACAUUAAAAAUAGAACUCACACUAGUUGUUUUAACUCUAACUACUGUACCUUUCAUUUUCUAAAUAUAUUUUUGGAAAACCAGAAACAACAUAAAAUCUAUCUAUACUGA